GCGCAUCGACAUGACCUCCCAUGGAAAUCGUCACUCACCAGAGCGUCCAGUCAAAGCAAUUUUGAACUUUGAGAAACCAAAUCGGUGUUUGUUUUUGUUUCUCCUCAUUUCUCCAAAAUGUCGUCCUCCUCCUCCUCCCCACCAUCGAAAACCCUAACUGAGGAGAAAUUCUCAGAGUUCUACGCGAAAUGGAUGGAUCAGCUGGAGCAAUUCCUGCAGGUCCUGGCGAUGGCGUACCGGCGGACUUCAAAUAAUCAGGUGGAUUACCAGGCGAUGGUGGACAAGCUAACUGCACACCACAAGGAGUACUACUCCUUCAAAUGGGCGGCGGCGCGUGAGGAUGUGCUGGCGUUCUACGCGCCGGUGUGGCUGACCCCUAUGGAAAAUGCGUACCAGUGGGUCACCGGUUGGAAGCCGUCGACGGCGUUCCGGGUGGCGAAGUCGGUGGCGGGAGUGACUGAGGAGCAAGGGAAAAAGAUCGAAGCGCUGAGGUUGAAAGUGAAGGUGGAGGAGGAUAGAGUGGAGAGGGAGAUGGAGAGGCAGCAGGUGGCGGUGGCGGGGCGGAAGAUGGUGGAUCUGAUGCGGCGGCGCGUGGGGGAAGGGGAAGUGGAGGCGGUGAAGGGGGUGGCGGAGGGGAUGGAGAGGGUAAUGAGAAUGGCGGACUGCGUGAGGAUGAAGACGCUGAAAGGGGUUAUGGAUGCUUUGAGCCCUGUCCAGUGCGUCGUGUUCUUGGCUUCCAUGGCGGUGAUCCAUGUCAGGAUCAGGAAGCUUGGAAUGACGAUGAAGACGACGACUCUUCCGUGACUGACGAGUAUAUGAACUGUGGUUGUGUCUUUGUCUCUAGGGUUUCGAUUUCGAGUAAUGUUGUUUGAGAUCAGUCAUCGUCAUGACAUCUAUCUAUCUAUCAAUCUAUCUGUCGUCUGUUUGUGAUCUAUCGUCUGCUUGUGAUCUGUCUUUGUUGUCGAUGUAAUAACAUGUUCCUUUCUUCGUUGAUCUA